AUGAAGUUAGACGUGCUUAUAUCAAAUGGGGACCAAAUCAACCUGUCUUGGCCAACUAUCCGAGGACUAAAAGCGGAGGUCAAAACCGAUGAUUUCAACAAAGUUGAUAGCGAACCUCUACAUCCUGCUUUUACCGUUAAUGGUUUCAAUAGUUGGAAGAGAGUGAACAAUGGGGCCAAAUGUGUAUUCUUAGCACAUAUGGGAGGUCCUACUUCCCCACACAAUAAUGCAGUGAGAAAUGUUGAGGCAUUGAAGAAUAUAUCUCGGCACAUCGAUAAAGUCAUGAAUGUUCAAAGUUUGGAAAAUGUUAAGAAAAAUCGGUUAUGUCUUAAGACUACCAUUGAUAGUGUUCGGUGGCUUACUUUACAAGGAUGCGCUUUGAGAGGUCAUGAUGAAUCUUUAACAUCAAAGAACCGUGGUAAUCUAGUUGAGUUGAUUAGUUUGUUGGGAAAGUUGAAUGUUGAGAUUGAUGAUGUUGUCUUAGAAAAGGCCCCAGGGAAUGCAAAAUAUACGUCUCACUUGAUCCAAAAGGAUAUUUUGCAUAUCCUAUCCACAAAAGUGAGAAACAAAAUUCGUGAGGAAGUUGGGAAUGCAAGGUUUUGUAUUGAUGAAGCAAAGGAUGUAUCGAAUAGAGAACAAAUGGCGAUUAUUCUGAGAUUUGUGGAUAUUCACGGAUACUUACAAGAACGAUUUUUUGAGAUUGUGCAUGUUGAAGAUACUUGUGCUUUAACUCUAAAGAAUCAAAUGUCACAAGUUCUCACUCGACACAAUUUGCACAUCAAAGAUUUACGAGGUCAAGGAUAUGAUGGUGCCAGCAAUAUGCGUGGUGCAUGGAACGGAUUGCAAGCUUUAUUUCGCAGUGAUUUUGCAGCUGCCGAGAAAGAGAUUUCAGUUUGGCUAUUCUUUUCAAAAUUGACUUGCAUUGUCAAUCUUGUUAGUGCUUCUCCUAAGCGGCAUAUCGAGUUACGAUCUACCCAAGCUUCUGAGAUUGAAUGUGACAUAGCUAGUGGUGAACGUGAGACCGGUAAAGGGGCUAAUCAGAUUGGUACUUUGCAUAGAGCUGGUACCACUCGAUGGAGCUCACAUUUUGACUCCAUUUGUAGUUUGAUAGAUAUGUAUGGUGCAACUAUUAUUGUGCUUCGAUCUUUGGUUAAAGAAGGAGCUACAAAUAAAAUUUGUGGGGAAGCUGGUGGUUGUUUAAUGUCAAUGAAGUCCUUUGAUUUUAUAUUCAUAUUGCAUCUUAUGCACAAGAUUAUGGGGAUUUCGGAUAUGCUUUGUCGAACUUUGCAGCAAAAAUCUUUGGAUAUUUUGAAUGCAAUGAAUUUGGUCUCAACGACAAAAGAAUUACUUCGAACACUGCGAGAAGAAGGUUUUGAUCAUCUCCUUGGGCAUGUGAAAUCAAUUUGCUUGAAGUUUGAUAUUGAUAUACCUGAUAUGAGCACUCGGUACAAAGAAGCUACAGGAUGUUAUUGCCAACAGAAUGAUGAUAUCACAGUUCAACAUCACUAUUGCAUUGACAUCUUUAAAGCUACGGUUGAUUAUAUAUUGGAUGAGUUACGUAUUAGAUUCAAUGAAGAGUCAAUGGAACUGCUUAUGCUCAGCUCUGCUUUAGAUCCUAGGGACAACUUCAAAGAAUUGUGUCGUGGGUUAGUAGAAACAAACAAGGCAGGGUCUUAUAAUUUAAUCGACAGGUUGAUUCGUCUCAUUUUGACUCUUCCUGUUUCCACGGCAACUACAGAACGUGCAUUUUCAGCUAUGAAAUUCAUCAAAAGUGAUCUUCGUAACAAGAUGGAAAAUGAGUAUUUGAACGAUUCAUUGGUUGUCUUCAUCGAAAGAGAAAUCGCAGAAACUAUCAAUACAGAUUCGAUAAUAGAUACCUUUGCUUCUUCAAAGGAUAGAAGAGUCCUAUUUUCCUAG